AUGAAACAUUGUGACAUUGCAAUUACUCCAGUUGAACCAAGGUUGCAUUUGGGAAAGAGUGAACAUGAGCAUGAUGUUAAUCCAACUCAGUGCCGGAGGCUGAUUGGAUUCGAACAUUACUUGUGUAAUAUGAGACAUAAUUUGGAUUCUAGUGUCAGAAUUGUGAGAAGAUUCAUGGAGAGACCAAAGGUGUCUCACUUGAAAGCAGUCAAGAGGAUUAUAAGAUACAUCAAAGGUUCUAUUGGCUGCAAAAUUUUAUUUCCUACAACAGACAAGGGCAUAAAGUACAAUUUACUUGGAUAUACCGAUUCCAACUGGUGUGGAGAUAAAGAUGAUAUAAAAUCCACAGUUGGAUACAUCUUUAUGUUUGGAGAAACACCAAUCUUAUGGUGUUCAAAGAAGGAAUCGGUAGUGACACUCUCUUCUCAUGAGGCCAAGUAUAUUGCAACUUCGUUGUAUGUGUCCCAAGCCGCAUGGUUGAUGAAUUUGUUAAAAGAGUUGUAUAGUGAAGAGGGUGAGGUUAUAACGCUCAUGGUUGAUAACAUUCCGCUAUAA